CAAGGUAAAGCACCAAAAUGUACUAAAUGUGAAGAAAGAGAAAAUGUUUGGAUCAAACAAGAAAAGUGUCCUCAUACAAUUGGACAGCUAAACCCGACAAUAGUCCUGUACGGUGAUUCACAUCCUAAAGGAUUGAAAAUUAAUCAAAUCACAGCACAAAAUCAGUAUAAAGCUGAUUGUUUGAUUAUAAUUGAAGGUGAUUGCGAUGAGUGGAUUAAACUUGUCAACAUAGAAUUAUCAAAUGUCAAAAAAAUGACAACUACAAGAUUAUCAAAAAAUCAAUUGAAAAAAACAAAUAACAAAAUCAAA